AUGUCAAGGUUGUUGCUUAGCACAGAGUACGGUCCGUGCCUGGAGGAGAGAUUUAAAAACUAAACGUCAAUAAGUACAGCUCGCCAGCCUAUGAUGUCAGCUCCAACGUACGUCGCUACCACGAUACUAUCCGAUCCCUACGUCAUGAAGGGAGAUGGCGAGGCCUAUGAAGGGUUCCUCGUUGACAUACUCGACAAAGUUGCUGAGAAGGUUGGUUUCUACUACCUCAUUCAGCCCUCAAAAGGCGGACAAUACGGUUCUUACAGCAAUGGACAAUGGAGCGGCAUGAUUGGAGAGGUGGUACGAAGGGAGGCAAACAUAGGCCUGGGAGACGUCAUCAUUACCAGAGAAAGGGAACGAGUUGUGGACUUUUCCAAGCCAUAUCUAACCCAGACGCUACGUCUUCUGGUGAAAAAGCCUAGAAUGUAUGACCCUGGUCUUACUUUUUUGCUGGAACCAUUCUCGGUGGAGCUUUGGUUUUAUAUCCUGUUUGCGCUUCUCCUCGUGGCAAUCCUAUUUGUCCUCAUCGGUCGGUUCAACCCGUUUGAAUGGAGACAAGUGCCAUCGGACAAAGACCCCAGAGGUGCAAGACACAGCUUUGGCCUGAGAGAGAGUUUCAUGUUUGUGUUCAGCACUAUCACACUGCAAGGUUACCGAGAAACUCCCCGGUCUCUGGCAGGACGGGUGUUGGCCGUGUCUUGGUUCAUCUUCGUCUUCUUCACCGUGGUGGCCUACAUCGGAGCAGCUGUGACCUUCAUGUUGGCCGGAGAAAGGAUGCCAUCACUGCCUUUUGAAGAUCUUGAGGACAUAGUUAAUGGUGGGAAAAUCCAAAUUGGAAUGGUGCGCCAUGGAAGUGCGUUUAAAUCUUUCAAGACGAGUAAAGUAGACAUCUACCAGCGUGUGGCUGCCUACGUUGAGAUGCAGAACUCGUUUGUCAACAACACUGCAGAAGGAAUUGAAAGGGUUAGACGUAGGCAUGGAAACUUUGUAAUGAUUAUGGAGUCGUUGAGAGCUGAAUACAUUACUGAGCGACAGUGUGAUGUUAUGGUGUAUGGGAAAAGUCAUUUUAGUAAGGCCUUGGCUUUUUUCACAAUUCAAGGGUCCGGUCUCAAGCAAAAAAUCGAUGAUGCUUUGCUCACAUUGAAAGAAGAUGGCACAAUGCACAUGCUGAAGGAGAAGUGGUGGAAAGCGGGGUUCUGUGGGCCUGCUGUGAAUAAAAAAGAACCAACUAUCAGGGCUGUAGAAGUUACGGUUCGGAGACUUGCAGCACCGUUCCUGCUGCUGCUGGCGGGUGCCAUUCUAGCUGUUGUAGUCCUGUUGGGCGAGAUCGUCUUCAGGAAACUCAGGCAGUAGAGCUUCAGGCUUUUCUAAAAUGCAUUCAUGCUUUGGGUGUCGUUUCAAAGCCACUACUUUCCUUCAUAUUUCCCUUCACUUUGUGUUGCGAUCUCAAGUAGAUCUUAAUAAGUAGUUGUGUUGACUGUUGACACUGUCAAAAUGUUAUCGUAGACUUAUACACAUUUAGAUACUUGUACACCCUAUAUAAACAUUUAACGUGAGCUUCACGAUCCAAGCCUGGCGGAUUAGCUGCGCAAUGUGUCAUUAAAUAUGUCAUGAGACAUAUAAAUCUAUGAUGUAGGGUUCAAUUACAAGUUGACGGCAUGUUUUUUCUAACAUCAUUUAUAUUUUUCAUCUUUGAGAAAUAUGUUCAUUUCGCUGGUGUAGAUUAAGGACGUGUGAUGUUUGUGGCUGGCAAUGAAAUCUAAAGUGACAGAAGCUGCUUAACAGAAUUCCGUUCAUUGCCAGAACCCUGAGACUAUGGGUCCGCAUACCAGAAUUGACCCAAUAAAGUUUCGUUAGUCGUGCCAGGAUGAUGUUGGGUUGGAAUCUAAUGUUAUGGACCCGUGAAGGUCCGGGUUAGAAUAUUGAUCUUUAGUAACCCAUGCUUGUCGUAAGAGGCGACUAACGGGAUCGGAUGGUCAGGCUC